CGCAAGAGUCGAUGAUUCGUCGAAAGCAAAUCUUGAAGGACCAGCUUCAGCAAUUCUAUGUGCAACACUGGUCUCUGGAACCUGGAGAUCUGCGUCGUGCAUGGAGUUAUAUGCUGGGGUAUCCUGCCAAUGUGUUGCCGCCAUGGACUCCUGAUUGAACCAGCAAGCACGAAUAGCGCAGAGAGAGAUUUUCUACGCCGGGCGCGAUCAUGACAACGAUUCUUCGUGGUGGUCGCUUGUUCACUGGCCCAACGGACUCUCAAUAUGAAGAACUCGAGAUUCAACACAAUUGCAUGGUAAUCAAAGACGACAUUAUCCUCCACAUUGGCGAUGAAAGCGAUCUUCCCGUUCUGCAGGCUCUUCAGGAUGGCGCCGAAGAAGUCGACUUGCAUGGGCAAUUGGUGCUCCCAGGCUUCAUCGACUCACACUGUCACAUCUCCAUGCUCGGACUAGCAUUGGGCAAACUGGACGUCCAGCACUGCAAGAAUAUCGACGACAUAAGAAGCUCGAUCAAGGUGUAUGCCAGUGCGAACCCUUCGUUGAAGCUCAUAAUGUGCCGAGGCUGGAUGCAAGACACGACUGAAGGAGUUACCUUAGCCAGUAUGCUCGACGACUUGGAUCCGCGCCCAAUACUGAUCGAGGCAAAUGAUGUCCAUUCAACAUGGUGCAACACGGCCGCUCUGGAUGCCAUGGGUGUUCAGGAUAUGCCUGAUCCUCUCGGAGGAGAGAUCUUACGAGAUAAGGAUGGCAAGGCUUCCGGGUUGAUGUUGGAAACUGCCUCUUUUCAAAUUGUCUGGCCCUACAUUGCCAGUCAACUAUCUCGAGAAGAUAAAAUUGAGAACGUGCUCAGAGCAAUGGACACAUAUGCCUCAUCAGGCUACACCGGCUUGAUCGACAUGGCAAUGGGAGAAGAGGACUGGGAAAUCCUCCAGUUUCUCAAAUCCGAGGGGAAGCUGCAUUGUCGCAUCGCAGCACAUUGGCUCGUCGAACCCAGGGCAACGACUGAGGACAAUAUUGCUCAAGUGGACCGAGCGGGCGAGCUGAAUAGACGGUUCAAUGCAGAAACGUCUCCAGACCUGCGCAUCCAAGGUAUCAAGCUGAUCUGUGACGGAGUCGUGGACUCUUGCACCGCAUCCUUGUGUCAGCCAUACACGUCCAACGGUAGUUCGUGUGAUCCGAUUUGGACAGCAGAUAUGCUUGGUCCAGUCCUUCAACGAGCUCAAUCGGCCGGCUUGCAGUGUGCAUUUCACGCUGUCGGCGACAAUACGGUGAAAGUGGUCAUCGACACGAUUGAAUUGUUUGGCAUAGCAGGACGGAGACAUCGCAUCGAGCAUAUGGAUUUGACCCGUGCUGAGGAUACACCUCGUUUAGGUAAGCUCGGUAUCACGGCGUCGAUUCAGCCAAUGCACUCCGACCCGGCCAUCUUUUUGGCUUGGCCGAAACUCGUGGGCGACAGCCGCUGCAAACGUGCUUUUGCAUACAAGGAGAUGGUUGAUGGCGGCGCUCCACUGGCGAUAGGGACUGAUGCUCCCACAGCGCCUUUCUCGGCGCUAAAGAAUCUGUACGUCGCGACAACACGGCGGUCCACGAUAAACCCAGAUUCAACCGAGACGAUCAACAAGAAUUUUGCCCUGCCUUUGGCCGCGGCUCUGACCGCAGCAACUAAGGGCGCGGCAUACUCUUGCUUUGCGGAGACAUGGAUGGGGCAGCUCCGACCGGGUCACAAAGCAGACUUUACUAUCAUCGACGCUCCGCUGAACCCUGAGGCUCUGCUCAAGGCUCGAGUAACGCAGACCUGGUUCGAUGCGGAAAAGGUUUUUGAACUGGAGGGGUAGCCUUUCUGGGCUGUAUGAACCGUGUUGUGUGCGCCACAAGAUGCCUCACAGAAUACUACCAAUAGCAGCAGCCAAGUGACCUCCGUCAUGAAACAA